ACUCUAAGGAGUUUACUUAGCACUGGACCACAAUCAAAUCCCCUUCGUCUCGAGCAAAAUAGAGAGGAGAUCCCUCUGACGCACAAUCAAAAGAAUCACCAAGGACAUGUGCAACUACCAAGUCAAGUGCCUGGACAGCAGGGCCAGAGAAAUCCUGAACCUACCAGAGAAAUGUGUCUGCAGUCUCAUGCUGAGUCAUCGGUAGACCCUCAGGAGCAGAGAAGAUCCCUUCUAGUGGAGCAACAGCAGCAACCCAAAUUGGGUCAGCAGCAGUACAAUCAAAGUCAACUGCCUGAUGGUAAUGUAUUGCAAUGGAACCAUAGAAAUAUGCAAAUGGCUCAUUCAAGAAAUCUACUGCCUCAGCAAGAGCCAUUACUGUUGCAAUCAACUGUGCAGAACAGCAGACCUCAUUUCCAAUCAGAGCAGGGGCAACAGCAGCAACAAGAACUAGAACAACAACAAAAUGUACAAAAUCACCCACCUGAAUGUGAAGAAUUCUCAGAGGUACAGGGAGCGCCUCCAGUGGUCAAGGAGACAACAGCCCUGGCACCACUUGCAGUACCCCAGCCUUCAUCUACAACACAAGCUUCAACACAAGCUUCAACACCUGAAGCAAUACCUCCCCUGGUGUCCAUUUCUACCACUGAUAUUGAUGAGUUGUUACAGAGUAGAACGUGGAUAACUGAUUUACCUGGAGACGCAAAUUCAAUAUCAUCUAUGUUAGAUGAUGACAUCCUGAAGGGGCAUGAUCUAAAGGCAAAGGAGGCUUCAGUACCAGAGAGAACAAGCAGCUCAGGAAAUCCGAGGAAUGAACAGGAACCAUUAGAAGAUGAGCUGUUUCCCUCAUCAAUUACUAUUGAAGAAGCUGGCUUCGAAAGUGCAUCAACAAGUCCUGAGGCUAAUGCUUCACAAGAUACAGUCGUAUCUGAGGACGAAGAAAGUGGUCUUGAUGAUGAAUUGGAUAGGAUAUUAAUCAGUGCUGAGGAAUUUGAGAUUCCACCAACACCAACCCCUUCUCACUCAGAAACUUGUUUAAAAACAAAAAUAGGAGAUCAGGAUGACGAUGUUGAUGAUGGAAUUACAGAUGUACUUGAAACACUUGAUCAACUGUCAGAUAUUGAGAGUGAAGAGGAGGCAAGUCAAGUGGACUCUUCAGCACAAGAAAUAUCUGCAAGACCCUGCAAUUCAUCAUAUUCAGAGCAACAAUCUGACAGUGACUUCAAUAAGUCAGAUGAUGAGGAUGAUGAGGAUGUCGAUGACGAUGUUGAUGAUGGUAUUGCAUCUUUUCUUAAAGAUGUUGAUGAGUUCUCAGAGGAUGAUGAAAGCUUAUCAGAUGCUGAUGCUUCUGUUAAACCAGGCACAACAAUUCCGGGUAGCGCUUCCAAUAAGCCAAAGGGUGGUAUUCAAGCUGAAUCGGUUGUAACACCCGAAUUGAUUCAGUCAUCUGGACCACCUGAGCUAGGCUUACCUCAUCAGUCAGAAAUUGCUCCAGUUGAAACUUCUAAGCUAGAAGCACCUAAUAUCAGCAAGUGCAAAACAACUUCUUCAUCUGCUGUACCCAAAGCAGCGUCCGCUGGCUUAGUGACUCAAGCUGAGGUAGUUCCACAUGGGCUUUUAACGGUUCCCGAAGUUGAAAACAGUAAAUCUGACCUUCAUGCUCAAGCAGAACCAGCUUUACCAGUUCUACUUAAUGAAGUCAAAGAAACUAGUUCCAACCCUGAGUCAAACCCUGAACUGGCUUGUGCGUUAUCUACUGAAGCCGAAGUCGCUUCACCUGUUCUUGUUCAACUCACUGAAACUUCUUCUGACCAUGAAGCUCAUUUUGAAGCUGUUCCUUCUGGGUUAUUUUCUAAAGCCAAAAUUGCUUCACAUGUUCUAAACGAACUCAAAGAAACUACCUCUGACAUUGAAGCACAACCUGAAGAAGCUCCUUCUGGGUUAUCUGCUGAUGCCAAAACUGCUUCACCUGCUCUUAAUCAACUUGAAGAAACUUCUUCUGACUCUGAAGCUCCACCUGAAGCAGCUCCUUCUGAGUUAUCCACUGAAGCCGAAGCUGCUCCCUCCGUUGUUCCUAUUCAACUCGCUGAAACUUCUUCUGGGUUGUCAUCUGAAGCCAAAACUUCUUCACCUCUUCUUAAUCAGCUUGAAGAAACGUCUUCUGACCCUGAAUCUCACCCUGAACCGUCUUCUUCUGGGUUAUCUGCUGAUGCCAAAACAGCUUCACCUGUUCUUAAUCAACUUGAAGAAACUACUGCUAACUCCGAAGCUCCACCUGAAGCGGCUUCUUCUGGGUUGUCAACUGAAGCCGAAGCUUCUUCACCUGUUCUUAAUCAGCUUGAGGAAACUUCUUCUGACCCUGAAUCUUGCCCUGAGCCGACUUCCUCUGGAUUAUCUACUGACACCAAAACAGCUUCACCUGAUCUAAAUCAACUUGAAGAAACUACUGCUCUCUCUGAAGCUGCACCUGAAGCGGCUCCUUCUGUGUUGUCAUCUGAAGCCAAAGCUUCUUCACCUGUUCUUAAUCAACUUGAUGAAACUUCUUAUGACCGCGAAUCUCACCCUGAACCAACUUCUUCUGUGUUGUCUACUGAAACCAAGGCAGCUUCACUUGUUCCUCCAAAUCAACUCGAAGAAACUUCUUCCACCUCUGAAUCUCCAAAUGAAGUGGCUGCUGGGUUGACUACUGAAGCUGAAACAGCUGCACCUGUUCUUCCUAAUCAACUGGUAGAAACUUCUUUAACCCCUGAAUCCCCACCCAAAGUGGCUCCUUCUUUGUCGACUGCAGCCAAAGCAACUUCACCCAUUCUUCCUAAUCAUCUCAAAGAAACUUCAUCUUAUGCGGAACCUCCUCCUGAAGUGGUUCCUUCUGGGUUGUCUCAUGAAGUCGAAGCGACUCCUACCAGGUUGCCUGCUAAACCCAACUCGACUCCUUCUAGGUUGCUUGCUGAUCUUGAAAAGUCGUCUUCUGGGUUGCCUGCUGAACUGGUUCCCUCUGCGUCCACGACUGCACCCAACGUGGCUCCCGACCUGCGUACUGAACCCUUGGAAUGUCAGUAUAAAUUGACUACAUCAGACUCACAUUUUGAGCUUGAAGCAAAUAUAUCAUGCUCCCUUACUGACGCAGAAAGAGCUUCUCCAAAGUUCAAAGCAGGUUCUUUUGACACCAUGAAGCAACAUAAUUCCAACUUAUCAGCUAGACCUACUCAAGCAAUGUUGUGUUUAGAACCCAUAGCAGAUUUAAGUGCUUCUCAACCUAAAGCAACUUUAUCAGGUUCUAUGUUUGAAGCACCUCAAUGUGACACUUCUAAAGAGGUUGAUUUGAAUUCAUCAUCUAUGUCUCUAAGUGAGCUUGAAUCAGAUUUGUUAAUCCCUCAAAUUGCACCUGAAACAGCUCCAGUAUGCUCUUCUACUGAACCAGAACCUCUAGAGCAUAAUGAAAGCAACGACAAUACUCUUUCAGCCUCUUGUCAUCUGUCUGAGAUGAGCCCGAGUGGGUCCUCUUCGAUUGGAGACCCUCCUGAGUCUGAAUCGGGUGAUUCUUCCGAAUCAGAUUUUUUGCUGGUCCUUUCUUCUGACUCAGAAGGUAGUCCUGACAGGUCGGAAGAAAAUCAUAACGAUGUGAAUAUGAUUAACAUAAAUGAUAUUUCAAAAGAUGGCUACUCUAAGGACUCAUAUCCUUAUGAUCCAUAUGAAUUGCAACCAGCAACACCUGACAUUCGUCCACUGCUAGACAAGCUCGUCAAUUCUGCCUCUGAUGAUGAAGAUUAUGAGGUGUCGCCAGAAAUGAUGGACAUCAUGGCACUCACGGAGAUAAAUAAUGAAAGUCAACCAAGAGUUGUUGCCCCAGAGAUUGAUACAGCUACUCUUGUUAAUAUAGUUGCUAGACAGCAUUAUGAUGAUGCUGAUCUUCCAGACGAGUUGAUGGCCGCACUUGAGGAAUCGGAUGUUGAUAACAUUGUCAUUGAUGUGGACCCAAAGACUAAAUGUCAACAAUGCGGCAAAAAUGCCAAAUUCACUUGUAUUGCCUGUCUCAAAGUCUGCUAUUGUUCCACUGAAUGUGCAGAAAAGUUUUGGGACGAAGAACAUGCAGAAACAUGUGAUAGAAGCAAACUCCCUAAUAAAGCUUCAUAAAUACCUGUGAGAUUGAAUAUUUUAAACGUUGAUAUGUGACUCAAUUUUUCUGUGAUAUGGAGAGGUGUAGUGUAUUAUUGUUUACUGAUCUACCUCAGAGCCUGACGUAAUUUGUAAGAUUAAUAAGAAUUUCAUAAUUUUUUUUAAGUAUUCUGUAAUGUAAGAUUUGUGUUAUUGUAAAUUGUUAAAGUAAGUUUAUUUUUUUUCAGUAGCAAAGCAUGUGUUUAAGUAAAUUAUAUACCAAUCUGUUCUUACAA